AUGAACAAAAAAACGACGGCAUGUGGAGCUCUAGCUGCAUUCACUGAUGAAAUAGCUUCCAAUAAACUGAAUCUUAACUUAGAUGAAAAUGAUAUUGAAAUGAGCAUGUUAAAGAAGCAAAUCAUUAAAAAGAGCGGCCUUUCCAUCGAUCCCAAAAAUGCCCCAGAUUUACUCCAAGUGACAAUGGCCGCUUACAAAACGAUUACAAUGGAUUUAGAACGACAUGCUCGGCAUGAUGCAGAAAAAUUCAAAGAUCGUCGAUAUGCUUUGUUUACGGGCAUUCAAAUACAUGGACCAGAGGGGUCUGAUUAUUGUUGGUUGGGAAAAGCAAGUUUAUUGGUUAAAGGACAAUUAACACAAUUGGUUCUUGCGCCAGAUAUGAGUUCACUAUGA